AUGGAUAUAAAGACCUUGCUUGACAAUCUUCAUGAUGAAGUAUCCUGUUCCGUGUGUAUGUGUACAUUCACUGAUCCAAAGCAGUUGCCUUGUUUGCACAGUUUCUGUCUUCACUGCUUACACGAAAUUCAACGAACAAGCGGCGUCCAUGGCAAAAUUACAUGCCCCGAGUGCAGAAGACAGUUUCAGAUUUCUGGAAGUGGAACUCCCAGCGAACUUCCCACCAAUUUUCGAAUAAACAGCUUGCUAGAUGUCUUAGCAAUAAAAGAGUGUAAUACAGCUAAAGUGAAGUGUGGAAACUGCUAUAAAAGGAGCGCCCAGACUUCGUAUUGCUUCCAGUGUUGUUCCUUCUGGUGCGAGAAAUGCAUUUUAGGACAUGACAUAAUGCGUGCUAACAAUGAACACAGAACGCUAGCACUAAAAGAUUUUCAAGAUCAAGACAUCAAGGCUGUAUUAGAGCGACCAGCAUUUUGUCAGAAGAAACACCAUGAAAAAGAAGAGCUGAAAUUCUUCUGCAAGGACUGUAAAGUCGCCAUUUGUAGCACUUGUGCUGUAACACUUCAUGAAGGUCAUGGUAAGAUGCCCUUGCAAGAAGCUACUGAUGAGCGCAAAACACAGAUUAGCUCAAUAAUAGUAUCUUUAAAAGACAAAGUACUGGAAAAACAAAAGGAAGUCGAACAAUUCAACCAAAAAAGUAUCGCAUUUCAAUCGAAAGUAGCCGAGGUAAAAAGCCAAGUGCAAUCUUGUGUAGACCAAAUCAUUGUAAUCAUCGAAGAGAGAAAACAAGAUGUUUUUGAUGCAGUCGAUAAGCAAGCGACAAAAUCACUGGAAAGUCUCUUACAGAAAAAAGACGAAGUGGAAAAACAAGUGAAAUUAAUUGAAUCAGCAAUUGAACAAACUGAAACUCUGUUAAAACGAGGUUUUAGCACUGAAAUCAAGGGAUUCAGUGAAACAUUUGAUUCAAUCCUGAAGGAACAGGGCACCAAAGAAAACGGCGACACUGAAUGUAUUCCUCGGUUUAGUUUCACUAAAAGUGAAAAACUGAUUAACCUGUUGAGCAUGAGCGAGGGGAUAGGUAAAGUAGAGUUUGUUUUUAGCGAAGCUAAAGCGCAACAAUCAAAAACUAAAGGUAAAGAAAGUAAUAAAGUAGAUGCUGGGGAUAAAGGGGCAAAUUUCUGUGAAAGUCCUUUUAAGGCUCAGGUAGAAACCAGGCGCUUCAGAUCUGUGCUGUCAUUUGGACAAAAAGGUGAGUCUGUUGGAAUGCUUAACGUUCCCUAUGGGGUGGCAGUGAAUGAUCAGGAUGAAAUUGCUGUGACUGAGCUCGGUAAUAACAGGGUUUCAGUGUUUAGUAGUGACGGUACCCACUUAAGAUCCUUUGGUAGGAAGGGUAAGAAUAAUGGUGAGUUCCAGUUCCCUACAGGGACUGCUUUUGAUAGUCAUGGCAAUAUUGUAGUGGCAGACUGUUAUAACCACAGGGUGCAAGUCUUUGAUCGGAAUGGCAACUUUCUUAGUAUGUUUGGUAAACAAGAAAGUCGUGAUAAUCAGCUCGAAUCCCCUCAAGGUUUAUCAAUAAACGGCAACGGUGAUAUUACUGUUGCUGAUAAAGGUAACAAAUUAAUCAAGAUAUUCUCUUCUAGUGGGGAGUAUUUACGUAAAUUUGGUAGAGCAGGUUCUUUGGUCUCUCCCAUUCACUGUAUUCAACAUGGUCAAUAUUUUAUAGUCUCAGAUCGUGGUGAUCAUACCAUUAAAAUGUAUAAUCUGGAGGGAAAGUUUAUUACUAAAUUUGGAAAUCAGGGAAUCAAAGAUGGAGAAUUUAAUGAGCCCCGUUACUUGUCAGUUAACAAAGAAGGAUUGCUUAUGGCCUGUGAUGAAAAGAAUCACAGAGUUCAGGUAUUUGAUCUGAGUGGAAGGUUUGUUACAAAGUUUGGAAGUGAAGGUAGCGAGAGAGGAGAGUUUAAGUGUCCAGUGUCUACAACAUAUCUUAGUGAUGGAAGGAUAGUUGCGUGUGAUAAGGAGAACAACCGAAUCCAGGUUUUUGACCAGUUAUAA